AAACUCAUAAAAUUGAGAGAGAGAGAGACAGAGACAGACAGACAGACAGACAGACAGACAGACUCAGGACCUCUUCUUAAGCUGAACAUAUAUAAGAAGCAACACUAGACAUAUCUCCAUUUUUUAGUGUAAAUAUCUGGAUACAGGUAACAUUUCUACCUCAGAAAGGUUUUUUUGAUCAAAGAAGAUCACAGAUCAUCCAAAUUCAUGUGGUGGGACCAUGUCAAGAAGACAGCUGAAAGAACCAGAGCCACUCCACCAGUCCUACCUGGGUCCACAUGGAAGUGGCCAGCAACGUCACUGAGUUUACAUUCCUAGGACUUUCCCAAGAUCCUGGAAUGCAACUGAUGUUCUUUGCCCUGUUCCUCCUCUUCUACAUCGUGAUCGUUUUGGGAAAUCUGCUCAUUUUGCUUACAGUCUUCUCUGUUUCCUGGCUCCACACCCCCAUGUAUUUCUUCCUCAGUAACCUGUCCUUUGUGGACAUUGCCUAUUCCUCAGCCACUGCACCCAAGAUGAUUGCAGACUUCAUUUCUGACAAAAAGACUAUUUCUUACUGGGGCUGUGUAACUCAGAUGUUUACCUUCCACUUUUUUGGUUGUGCUGAGAUUUUUGUUCUGACUGUCAUGGCUUUUGAUCGUUAUGCCGCCAUCUGCCAACCUCUCCGUUACACCACCAUCAUGAGUGCUAGCGCUUGUGUUGUGCUGGCCUCGCUGUCUUGGAUAGGAGCUCUGGGCCAUUCCUUAGUUCAGACCCUCCUGACCUUUCAGCUGCCCUUCUGCAAUGCUCGGGUCAUCGACCACUACUUUUGUGAUGUCCACCCAGUCCUGAAACUCGCCUGUGCUGAUACAACCCUGGUAAAUAUGUUGGUGGUUGCCAAUAGUGGUCUCAUUUCCCUGGGGUGUUUCCUCAUUCUUCUGGCCUCCUACACAGUCAUUCUAUUGAGUCUUCGGAAGCGGUCUGCAGAGAGCCGGCGCAAGGCUCUCUCUACCUGUGGGUCUCAUUUUACUGUAGUAACUUUCUUCUUUGUCCCUUGUAUCUUUAUUUAUCUUCGUCCAUCCACUACUUUCCCACUGGAUAAGGCCAUAUCUGUGUUUUAUACCACCAUCACCCCAAUGCUAAACCCUCUCAUCUAUACUCUGAGGAAUGAGGAUGUAAAGCGUGCUGUGAAAUGGCUAUGGAGUUGCAAGGUCUUCUUGAGGGAAAAGCAGAGUGGAUAGAUUGUCUGAAGUGCAAAGUCAGAGAACUAGCUAAUACCUUCAGUCAUCCCUAACUUAUUAAUAAUUUUAAAAUAGGCAAGGGAGAGUAAUGGGGGGAAAUGGGGACCACUGUAAUUGAACAAUAAAGUAAAUAGUCUCUAAAAUUCAAUUAUCUCAUACUUUUAGUUUAACAAGAUAAUUUGAGGCUAUUUCAUUUCUCUGCCUUUAGGUGGCUAAACUUAAAUCUUUUUUUACUAGGAAGGUUUAUCCUCUCUUCUAGAGUGGGGGAGUAAACAUUCCUAGCUCAGUACCUCAUUUAGAUCCCUUCAAUUCAAAAAAGUCCCAGCACUCUUUAGCUAUCAUUUAAUGAUUUAGAAUAGGUUUACAAGAGAAAUAGGCAUAUAUCUCUGAGUAAUCAGAAUAUUUCUUGUAAAAACAGGAGUCCAACUUCCCAGGAGCUGUCUUCUCUCUCUCUCUUUCUCUCCCUCUCUUUCUCCUUAGUCUUUUGCCAUAAAUAUUGCAUAAUUUAGUAGGGGAAAUAGAUUCAUAAAGAGAUAAUUAUAACAAUAUAACAAAUGCAGAAAAUACAGACAUAGAAAUAUACAUUGCAUACUAGGAAGGGGUUCAUUUAAACUGACAAACUGCAUAAUGAUGGUUUCUGUACCAGGUGAAGGGUGUAGAAAGGAAUAUUUUACAUAUUUUGGUCUUGAGAAAUCUUUGUUAAUGAUCCUAUUGAAGAACUGAAAUAUUCUAUAUCACUGCACUGGUAUAUUAUUCUUACUGAAAAUAAUCAUUUAUUUAUUUAAAAAAUGUUAUUGUAUUUUUUCCAUUACCAUUUAACCCCCUUAUACCCUCCUCCCCCUGCACUCAGCACACUAUUGUCCAUGAGUUCUUUUUUCUUUUUGCCUGAUCUCUCCACCUGCUAACCUUCCCCCACCAAUAGCUGUCAUCCUGCUCUCUAUCCACGAGGCUGUCCCCAUUUUCCUUGUUAGUUCAGUUUGUUCAUUAUAUUCCACAUAUAAGUGAAAUCAUAUGGUAUUUGUCUUUC